UAAAUUUGUUUUUGUCUUUGAUUUAGUUUUGGAAAAGAUCACAUUAUGUUCAGCAAAAUUUUACUCGCUUUGGGAGUUGUGUCGGCUAUCUCAGCUUUGGGUACGAAAAUUUACAAAUAUUCAGUGACUGAAUCACAAUGCCUGAUAAUGUUCCUUGCCAGCAAUAUGCAGUUAUCUGAAAAGAUAUGAUGUGGGAAGCUAUAUCUUUCAAGUUACAUAGGAUAAUGUAAUUGCUUGAUAGUGUAGCUAUUUUAAACACCUCACAAUCCGUUUUUGCACAGAUUUUGACAGACAUUAAAAUUUCACCUCAUUAUAAAUAUUUUGGCUUUAAAAUUGGCUGAUUGAAUUCGAAAGGUACUCUAUCCAGUUUUAGUUUUCAGGUCAGUGGGAUGACCCUAACCCAGUGAACUCCACUGAACUAUAUAACAUAUAUCUAUGUAGUAUGGUAUAUAUGUAUGUAGGUAACUAUGUAUAUAGUUCACUGGUGAACUCUAGAUAUAAAAUAGUUUAAACUGACAGAAACAAGACAUGACACUAGUUGCACCGUAAAGGUUUGGCUUUGGAAAAAAUUAAUUUCCUGCGCCAAAAUUCUUGCAAUUAUGGAAAUCUGCGUAAAAUUUUUCAAAUUGUAAAUAACCGCAAAUAGUUUCUGAAGGAUCUCGGCACAAAAUGCUUUUGUGAACCAAGAAGCAAGCAGAUUUCUGAUCUUCCUCUUUGACAAAAGCACUUUCUGAUUGCAGGAUCCCCUGGUCUGCCAUACUAAUUUUCUGAUAAACUUUCCUAAUGCUAAGGAAAUAACAUUUCCUGCGCAAAAUAAAACUUUUCAGUCUGGCUGCUGGGGGUACGACAAGACAAUUUGCUACUAAUGAUCUACUCCAGCUAACGAUCUAGUCCUUUUAGAGUUCACUGUCCUUACCGGAUCUCUAGAUAUAAAACAGUUUAAACUGACAGAGACAAGACAUGACACCAGUUGUACUGCUGGAGUGCUGGGGGUAUGACAAGAUAAUUUGCAACUAAUGAUCUACCUUUUUUGUUUUAGGGAGUGCUCUGAAAUGCAAUUUUUGUAGAUACAGGACAACACAGCCAAAAGAACAACAAAAAUGUACUAGUGCCACAUUUACAUGUCCAUCCGGUCAUUCAUAUUGUGCCGCAUCAUCUAUUACCUUCCAAAAUGGCACAGAAGCUGUUAGUAGAAACUGUGCCACCACGAUUCUUUGCCCCCAUACUGAAGAAUGGUGUAAAAUUUUAACCCCACUAUGGAAUCUGAAAUCGUGUGCUUUUGCUUGUUGUACUACCGAUAAUUGCAACAAUUAUACUCCCAGCAGUGCAACUGGUGUCAUGGUGACCAAGUUUACUCUUUCCUUGAUGGUGAUUGUUGGUUUUAUUUUUGCUUGACUUGAUGUACUUUACAUUCUGACUGUGUAGUUUUACUUAAAUUUACUUAAUUCAAUUGUUGUAAUUUGCAUGAACGUCAUGAGAUUAUGUGGUAAACUGUGUGUUUAAAACAUGUAGCGUUAUUAGUUUGGGUUAAUUUAGCAGGUGACUAUGUAAUAAAACUAGUUUUGAACUAAAGUGGACCAGUUUUGUGUAUACUGGGUUGUUCUAUAUCAGUUUUACAUUUUCCAACCUAUAUAGUCCAGUAUAAGGG